AUGGCUGAAUCUCGAAGAGCACGAUAUAAAUAUUGUAUAGUCCCUGGAUGUAGAAAUACUACGGUUACGGCGCCAACAAAAAUAUUUAUAUGUGUUCCAAAGAACGCUAGUAUACGUAAAAAGUGGUGCAAAGCGAUGAAAAGGGAUUAUAAAAAGGCCGAGCUUUCAGCAACAAGUGUUAGACAUUGCUGUGAAGAUCAUUUUGAGCUGGAGAAGGACGUAGAAAAUUUCAUGAGAUGGAAAAUGAUGGGUGGUCCAAUAAUGUUAAAAAAGGAGGCAGUACCGCAUAUUUUUGACUGCCAACACACGAGUAAUAUUAAAUCAAAGAGACCUCGUGCUGGAAAAAGAAUUUGCAAUGAUGUUGAGCAAAAUAACUUUCAGCCUGAGGAGCCACAACUUACAACUUCAACACCUGAAGAGUUGUGUAGUGAUCUUAAGAUUAAAAUUGAGCCGCUGUCUCCAUCGCAAGACACGGAUGAUAAAUUGAACUCCUUUGAUGAAAAUAUUGAAGUGGAUGAACAAACCAGCAAAUUGGAAAUUGUAAAAACUGAAUGCUCCCCCAUUGAAACCACAGAUGUCGAUAAUAAUAUAAAGUAUCUCCUAUCAUCCGAAUUCUAUUCUGGUAUACUCCCAAGUGAUGAAACUACAGAGUGGAAACCAGUAAAUGAGGACAGUGAAUAUUUUGAUGACGACUCAAAAUCAAUAAUAGUGAAAGCAACCAUGUUGUUCAUUGAAAAAGAACCAAAACUGUAUUUAGGCAUACCCAAAGAGGCUUAUUUUUGCUUGGAAAUUUUAUCGAAGAAGAUUUCAGCACCGCUUACAGAUGUUCUUAUUACACUAAAAAAAAUUCGAUUUAAUGAACCAUGCUCUAUGUUAUCUAUACAGUUUGGUAGAACUGCUGCAAAUAUAGGACAAACCUUCAGACAAACUGUACCACUGAUGUCAAAACAUUUAAAAGAAUUAAUACACUGCCCAGCUCCAAUAAAGGUAGUUGAAUGUUUACCAAUAACCUUUAAAAGUAGAUAUUCUAAGGUUCAGUUUAUUAUAGAUUGUUUUGAAAUUGAAAUACAAAAACCUAGCAACCCACGACAUGAGUCUUCGACCUGGUCCGAAUGCAUGGGUUGCAAUACUUUAAAAUAUAUGAUAUCAUGUACUCCUGAUGGAUUAAUAAAUUUUGUUUCUACUGGAUUUGGAGGCGGUGCCUCUGAUACAACAAUUUUUGAAAACUGUGGUUUUGUUGAUAAUCUACGUCAUAAAAGUGAUAUAGUGGCCUACAGAGGUUUUAAAAAUAUUGACAAUAUCUUAGCACAGUGCAACUGCAAACUUAUAAGAACUCCUAGUGAUACCCCUAGCAGCAAAAAAGAACUGUUAGAAUUGAAAAAAGUCAUUCCGUUUCGAAUACACAUUGAAAGAGUGAUAGGAAGGCUUCGGAGUUUUAAUAUGCUCGUACCCAAUGCAUGCAUAGAUCUUAAUUAUUUGUCAAUAUUUGACGAUAUUGUAACAAUAGCUUGUAGUUUAAUAAACCUAGAUAAUAAUAUAAUUGAAUUUAAUGUAACGUAAACUUGAAAUAAAAUAUAAAUCAUC